UGCAUACAUGACACAUAUCGAUAACCGAAAACUUGUAUUAUUCCUCUUUUCUUUGAUGUCUUGUGAAUGACAUCGUUUUGCUGUAAUAAUUGAAACGGCAUAAGCAGAAGUAAACAACAUGUCACGUUUCUUUGCCAACGGAUCCGACUCGGAAUCCGAGUCCAGCGAGGAGGAGGUCCAAGCACAAAACUACAACAAAGCCGCCAACUUUCAAUUCAGCGAUGACGAGGAAGAGGUGAAACGUGUCGUUCGCUCCACCAAGGAGAAGCGAUAUGAGAACCUCACCGGCAUCAUUAAAACGAUACGCAACCAUAAGAAGAUUAAGGACAUUCCCAACACGCUGAGCAGCUUUGAGGACUUGACGCGCGCUUAUACGAAGGCACUGCCCGUCAUCUCCAAGGAGGAGAACGGAAUUACUCCGCGCUUCUACAUUCGUUGCUUGGCUGAGCUGGAAGAUUUCAUCAAUGAGGUGUGGGAGGAUCGGGAGGGACGCAAAAACCUCUCGAAGAACAACUCGAAGUCCCUGGGAACACUGCGUCAAAAGGUGCGCAAGUAUAUCAAAGAUUUCGAGGAUGAUUUGUCGCGUUUCCGCGAAGCACCCGACCAGGAGAGUGACGUGGAGGAGGGCGAGGGUGAGGCGCAUGACAGCGACGCGGAUCGUGCUGGAGCGGAUAGCGAUGGUGGUGUUGUUGGCGUUGGAAGCGGCAAGCUGCCCGAGCAGCCCAAGGCAGCGAAAUCGGUGCCCUCUAAAGUGAUUGCUGACGAUGACGACGAUUCUGAUGAUUCAAUCGACUGGGACUCGGACACCGAAUCGGAGACCGAGUCCUCGGAGGAUGAGAAUCAGUACCAGAACAUGCGUGAGCGUUUCCUUAAGCGCACCACCGAAAAGGAGGACAAGGACGACGACAAGAGGAAGGACAAACGCAAGGAGCAGAAGCACAAGAUUCGCAAGCGUGCUGACGAUGAUGAGGAUGGCGAAUGGGAAACCGUCGUCAAGGGCAAUGUCGUGGAGAAACCCAAAAUGUUUGAAAAGGACGCUGAGAUCGAUAUUCCCCUGGUGCUUGCCAAGCUCAUUGAGAUUAUGUCGGCCCGUGGCAAGAAACGCACCGAUCGCCGCCUGCAAAUCGAUCUGUUGUUUGAGCUGCGCGACAUCUCUGAGCAGCAUAAUCUGGGCACGCCCAUCAGCGUCAAGAUUCACUUUAACAUAAUUUCGGCCAUUUUCGACUACAAUCAGAAGAUAUCCGAGCCCAUGAAGCUGGAGCACUGGGCUUUGUUGCUGGAGGUGAUGCAGAGCAUGCUGAAACUGCUGCUGGCCAAUCCGGAAAUCAAUUUGAGUGAGAGCGUUGCCGAGGAGCACGAGGAGUAUGUGACGGCUCCGUUCUUCAUUCGCGGUUGUCCGCUGGCAGCCGUUGAGCGUCUGGACGAUGAGUUCACCAAGCUGCUGAAGGAGUGCGAUCCCCACUCGAAUGACUACGUGUCGCGGCUCAAGGACGAGAUCAACGUGGUGAAAACCAUUGAGCUGGUUGUCCAGUACUUUGAGCGCUCUGGCAGCAAUAACGAACGUUGCCGCAUCUAUCUGCGCAAGAUUGAGCAUCUGUACUACAAGUUCGAUCCGGAGGUGCUGAAGCGCAAGCGUGGAGAACAGCCUGCUGCGGGCACAGCUCCAUCCUCUGUGGAGGUGAUGGACAAGCUGUGCAAGUUCAUCUAUGCCAAGGACGACACGGAUCGCAUACGUACCCGGGCAAUCCUGGCGCAUAUCUAUCACCAUGCAAUGCACGACAAUUGGUUCCAGGCUCGCGAUCUUGUGCUGAUGUCGCAUCUGCAGGACAACAUCGAUGCAGCGGAUCCCUCGACUCGCAUUCUCUACAAUCGCAUGAUGGCCAAUCUGGGUCUAUGCGCCUUCCGUCAGGAGAACAUCAAGGAUGCACACCAUUGUCUGGUCGAUCUGAUGGUCACCGGCAAGCCCAAGGAAUUGCUCGCUCAGGGAUUGCUGCCCCAGCGUCAACAUGAACGCUCAGCGGAGCAGGAGAAGAUUGAGAAGCAGCGUCAAAUGCCAUUCCAUAUGCACAUCAAUCUGGAGCUGCUUGAGUGCGUCUAUCUGGUAUCGGCAAUGCUUCUCGAAAUACCCUACAUCGCAGCGCACGAGUUUGAUGCCCGUCGCCGCAUGAUCAGCAAAACGUUCUACCAGCAGUUGCGCUCCUCAGAACGCCAGUCGCUGGUGGGACCGCCGGAGUCGAUGCGGGAGCAUGUGGUUGCCGCCGCCAAGGCGAUGCGUUGUGGCAACUGGCAGGCGUGUGCCAACUUUAUUGUCAACAAGAAGAUGAACACCAAGGUGUGGGAUCUGUUCUACGAGUCGGAGCGUGUGCGCGAGAUGCUGGUCAAGUUCAUCAAGGAGGAAUCGCUGCGCACGUAUCUGUUCACCUACUCCAAUGUGUACACCUCGAUUAGCAUACCAUCGCUGUCGCAGAUGUACGAUCUGCCUUUGCCCAAGGUGCAUUCGAUUAUCAGUAAAAUGAUCAUCAAUGAGGAGCUGAUGGCCAGCCUGGAUGAUCCCAGCGAAACUGUGGUCAUGCACCGCUCGGAGCCAUCGCGUCUACAGGCAUUGGCCAUGCAGUUCGUUGACAAGGUGACCAAUCUGGUGGAUGUCAACGAGAAGGUGUUCGACAUGAAGCAGGGCAACUUCUUCCAGCGCGGCAACAUGGGCAAUCGCGAUCGCGGCUACAAUCGCAACCAGAACAACCAGGGUGGCAAUUGGGGUGGCCAGCGACGCGACAAUCGCAAUCAGCGCAACCGCAACCAACGUGGACACCACAAGCAACAGCAGCAGCAACAGCAGCAACAACAAGUCCAGACCAUCGAAGAGGAGUAGACACCACAGUUCACAGCGGCCCACAAACAAAUCCAUGGCAAUGGCUCGGCGAUUGAGGCAACCGAACAAGCGAAGCAGGAGAGAGCCUGUUAACAACUGUGGCCAGACCUCCGGUUCAGUUCACCUCUGAAUCGGAGGUCUACGCUCUUCUCAAGCCUUAUCAAUUACCCUGUACUGUGAAUUUGUUUAAACGCUCAUUUUAUGCUUAAAAACUAUAUUGAUAAAUGCAUUUUUGUAUGAACUUAAAUCUAAAGUGCGCAAGUCUAUGAUUAAAAUAAACUGUAAAGGAAACUACAAACAAAA